AUCGAUUGUUACUAAAUGAGCCCCCCUACCAUCGGUUCCGACCACGUGACAGUGGCGAGUCGCCACCUAACCUCCAAACACCGUCAGGAAAUCAUAAUUAUCAACAAAGAUUCAUCUUUGAUUGUCGACAUGAUGAUUGUUUCGUCAUUAAUGAAAUUUUCGCGCCCCAUUCAAGGAAAACUCCACUAUCGUCAGGCGAUAUCAAGAUACUCCACAAAAGAGGAGCAAUCCGAGCCGGAGAUUCCGAAGAAUGAGCUCGAGGACAUGAUCAGCGCUCAGCUCCAACCGGAGAAAGGAAAAAUAUACGAUAAAAAACCGUUCAAACUGACCAUUGAAGCUGGCAAGAAGUAUGCUUGGUGUACCUGCGGCCACAGCAAGGGUCAACCUUUGUGCGAUGGCUCCCACAGGAACACUUUCAUGAACAUCAAACUCAGGCCCAUAUUCUUCAAAGUCAAGGAGACCAAAGAAUACUGGCUGUGCAAUUGCAAGCAGAGCUCCAACCGACCUUUCUGCGAUGGGACCCAUAUGAGAGAAGACAUUCAAGCCAAGAUUAAAUAAUGAAUCAUAUCGUGGGGGAAUUAUUAAUAUUAUGUACUGAAGUUUUUGUAAAUAUAUUGAAAGAGAAUGAAAA